ACUAUGAGGCUAUCAUAUUGAUAUGCUAGCGCAGCUUCAGUCAGUAGUCGCCGUUCUCAGCAUCUUUGUGGAGCAUCUGUAAGUCCAAUGUACCAUGUUAUAUGCAAUAUCCACUGAAUGCUUUCUUGAUCCGUAGUCUAUAUGUUCAUCGCAUAUGGAUAGUCAGCAAGGGCCGAUCAAAAAUUCUGCCGAUUAUAGUGGGCAUCGCCGUCGUCCUAGCUUCAGGUCUUUCCAUCGUCGUUGUCUGGGCCACAUAUCAGGCAGUCCAAGUAUCUUCCGAUGUGGUCGAAGUCGAGUGGAUGAUAUACAUGUAUUUGGGCACUGUUGCCUUCGUCGAUGUCCUUAUUGCAUCAUCGCUAUGUUAUCUCCUUGCUACGUCCCGUACUGGGUUCUCGAAGACAGAUUUACUCAUAACAAAGCUCACGGUUUAUAUUGUCAAUACAGGCUGUUUGACGAGUAUGUGUUCAAUAACAGUUAUCAUUACAUGCGCAGUGAUGCCGACGAACAUGAUAUUCGGAGCUGUCGAUUUUGUACUGCUUAAACUAUAUGUCAACUCGUACAUCGCACUCCUGAACGCGCGAUACUAUGCACAGCCCCACGCAGACACAAUACAUUCUUCUGACUACCAUAUGCGCCGUGACAUAUACCACCCGAGACUGCACGUUAGGGCAUCGCAGGACAAGGAACUCCAGGCAUCCCAGAAGAGCAUGUUUAGUUAUCCUGGUGAUGAAGUGUUGCAUAUCACUCGACCUGUUCAGGCUGUCAUGCCGCAGCGGCCGAUUGAGGUGGCGAUAGACAUGAAUUCCGUCUCUUCAGCGUAAUGGAUCGCAGUGUGCUACUCAAUAUACGGGUGUGGAGAGGCAUCAGUUCACUCCCAUCAUUUCCGCUAUUCACAGUUGGAGUAUCUCGAGUCAACUAGCAGAUAUCUUAUAAAUGCGAUGAUCAGAGAUAUAUCGAGGAAGCCCAACGUCAACCGUAUCCCAUGAACACAUCUAUCUCAAGUAUGCAGGAUGCGUCAAUGUGCAUCUUAUCUCGAGUCUAUGCACUGCAGUGUUAUGCUGUG